AAUCCUCCACAACCGCAUUGCGAGGACGAGCAAGUGCGAGCGAGCGAGAGGUGAUCAGGAACGCCGCAACAACAGCACACGCACAGGCACAUCAUAGACACACAACGCGGAGAUGGACUUUCAGAACCGUGUGGGCAGCAAGUUUGGCGGCGGCGGGCCGGCCUCCUUCUCGGAGUCCAACCGCCAACGCAAAGAGCGUCUCAUGGCUUUGGCCAUGGAGACCAUCGAUCUGGCCAAGGAUCCGUACUUUAUGAAGAACCACUUGGGCAAGUACGAGUGCAAGCUUUGCUUGACUCUGCACAAUAAUGAGGGAAGCUACCUCGCCCACACACAAGGCAAACGCCACCAGGAGAACCUGCGGAUACGCGCAAUCAAGGAAGCGAAGGACACACCCACCAUGAAGCCGGAUAUGCCCCAGGUGGAGAUUAAGAAGUUCUUGAAAGUUGGUCGCCCCGGCUACAAAGUGACGAAACAGCGUGACCCUGCCACGGGCCAAUACAGCCUCUUCUUCCAGAUUGACUAUCCCGAGAUUGCGGAGGACGUGCUGCCGCGCCACCGGUUCAUGUCCGCAUAUGAACAGCGCGUGGAGGCCCCCGACAGCAACUUUCAGUUUAUCGUCUUUGCAGCAGAGCCUUACGAGACCAUCGCCUUCAAGAUUCCGAGUUCUGAGAUUGACCAGGCGCCGGGCAAGUUGUGGACGCGCUGGAACCCGAGCACGAAGCAGUUUUUUCUGCAGUUCCACUUCAAGACCGAACGCGUCCCCGAAUAUGCGCCAAAACCCUUGCAAGCGGCAUUCCAGCCCCAACCAUUCUAACCACACACACACACACACACUCACACUCACACUCACACACACACACACACACACACACUCUCUCUCUCUCUCUCCCUCCCUCUCUCUCUCUCUCUUGAACAAGCACCGCCAUACAUGUGUGUGUGUGUGAUUGCCUGCAUUGUAUCCCACUUGUAUCGCUUCCGUCGUCCUUGCUUCUGCGUUGUUCUCUCUCGCCCUGUUUCAGUCUGAAGUACACAGAUACACGACAGAUGCCAGCCAUGUGUCG